UAAUUUGUGUUUUCGAUUUACUGCAUGUAAACAACUAAGUUUAAAUUUCUGGCUAAAUCCCGAAGUCCUGAACAGAAUAAUGCACGAUUUACUAAUUAACGUUGCCAGGGAGGAAGAUAUCGUUCAGAUUGUUCACCUCAUCAUCGACCAUCUGCUGGAAGUGCCAAAAACGGAUAUCACCAGAUCGAAACUGGCAUCCGCCUUGAGCAUCUCCAGUGCCGCAGAAGAUCUGACCGUUACCUUAAGAUUGCUGGAAAAUCUAUUCCGUCAGUAUUGCUUGAAUGAGAUCAACGAGCCGGAGCUGAAGUCACACUUUUCCAAUCUCGGCUUACCGAUGCAAAGUGCCCUGGUAGCAGCAGUCGAACUACGAAAAGCAGAAAUCAGCCAAUUCUUAAUCAACGAAGUCAAUUCCAAAGACAGUCUGCUCAUGGAAUCGUUCGAUUGGGAUGUGAAGUGGAUCAUGGGAAAUAGUAGCCUGGCCUCGACGCGGGAACAGAUUGCAACCAUGGCGUUGAAUUGUCGUGGCAAGGAGCAAAAGAUGAAAACGCUACGGUUUGAGAUGAAUCGGGAAAGAUUGGAGGAUGUUAUUAAAGUUUUGGAGGAGUGCAGGACAUGCGAGGUGGAUAAAUAAAUGAUGAAAACUG